UUAAGCUGCUUUCCGCGAGGGGAGGUUGAACUGUAAUUUGCUUUUAAAAGGAAGACCGUCUAGGUAAGUCUCUGAAGUCAAUUGCGAAAUUUAUGUCAACAAGACAAUGUUCGAACUAGUGUUUCUAUUGUUUUAAGCUUGCUUAUUUCAUCCCAUAGGCUUCUUUUUACCGUUACUUACUUUCACACUUUCUGUAUUUUUGUCUGAAGUAGUAGUUUUUAAUUAUGUUUCAUGUUAAUGAUAAAAUAAUUACUGUUACUUGCAGUUCGUUCAUCCCGUCCAGAGUCACUAAAUCUGGCGCGAAUCAGAAAAUUAAACUUUCGCACAAUUUUGUAAAAUUCUUUUGGAUUUCAUUUGCUCUAUAUUAAGCUUAUUCGGUUGUUUAUUUCUCAAAACUCACUGAUAUAGCUCCAGUCUUUCGUGUCCUGUUCAAUCAGCUGUGUGUGCGUGUCUUGAAAAACCGGGCUUUUUGGUGUUUUACAUGCUCAAGGUGUGAAAUGUUUUGGUUCCUACCGCUAGUUGUCGAGGUAAAAUUUGCGGCCAAAUACAAUUUUCUUAUUCUGUCAACGUUAGCAUAAAUGCUUCCACGUAUUAGUGCGCAACUUCAUUCAUAUAUAUUUUUCACAACAGUAUUUUACGUAGCCUUCAAGUACAAUUUAUAUCGAGUUUCGCCAUUCGACAAUCGUAUGGACAAUAGUUCUACGGAACUAGAGUACCAAGCAAGUCAAUUUUUUUUCUCGUCACCUCAAUUCAAUCUCUGCGGGAUUCGAAUUAAUUUUUUUCCGAUCUUUCUUUUUUGGAGAAAAGCUGCUCCCUUAAACUUUCAAGACCAAAACUACGAUUAAAUUUGCGAAAGCCCUCCAAAAGAAAGAUUUCAGCAAGGCCUUUUUCUGAGGCCGCAACGCGUUGCAACAUGUAGUAGCAUGCACACCUUUGCGGAUUGUACGUUUUUUUUUACGCUGGAUAUAGAGCGAAUUCUUUUCGGUUUCACGCUGUUGUUAAGAGUUGUCACGCGUGUUCUUCCCCAAUAUAAUAUAUUAUUCUUGCGUAAAUUUCGGUUCUCUAGGAUAUUUACCAUUUUUCAAAAAUAUUUUUAAAACCCCCAAUGUCGAUUGAACUGUUAGGAGAGUACUGUAGACGUGAGCUGCUGUUAAGUUUAUUGCAAUGUCUCUGAAAUUAAACUUUAAAGCACAGCACACGAAUUUUAUCACUUCAUAAAGCCCAAGUCCAUUUAUCACUGAAUACACAUCCAUAAAUGAAAUCCUUAGUUAAUAAUAGAUCUUGAAUCAGUGUUAAGUAAAUUCAUCUUUAUAAGGGCAUUGUUUUUGGCUCAUUCGGGAAUAUUAAAUGUGAUUAAGCCAAUCACUGUUGAGAAUGCAAAUAGUGAGGUGAAAAAAUGACAGGGCACAUUUGUAUUAUAUAAAGGUUUUAAAAUUGGCUGCAUGUGUUUGCUGUGAAGUCCCCUGUGUGUUUUGAGUAAGAACCUCUUGAAUAUUUUCACUGUAAACAGGAUGUUGGUUUUAGUACACUCAAGAGUCUUUGAGAAUGCUAAGAAGUGCAGGCAGGAGCAAAUAGUUUCCCAACUGAAUGUCUUUUGUAGCAAAUAAAGUUCACUUUUGAAAAGUAUAGUUUGAUUGGUGCUAUGGAAGAUCAAACUUGAGCAUUUCAUAGAAUCUUAAAAGAUACAACAGUGCUGUUCUUCACAGCAUAAUGUGUAAAUUGUGGUACUUGAUCUAAAAUUGCUCAAAUGUUAUCACCUUCAUUUGAAUAACCACAUGUUUAUAGGAUUUUAAUUCUGCAGUUUAAACUUUAAAAACCAGUGGAAUACACGUCAUGAUUUUUGAUAGGCUGAAAUUAGGUGGUUAGAUUCUGGUAUUUGAGGCUUCCUCUUCAGUUUGUUUGGUGAAUAAAUAUAUUUAAAAGGGUUGAGUGUAUCCUAUUGUUUUAAAGUAUUUUUGUAUAAAUACAUUUGAGUCCCCACUUUUUCUAAUCUCCCAGAGAAAAGGGAAAUGGUCUGCCUUAGCUUCUGCUCCAACGAGCAAAUGGUAUGAAACAAGUUCGGGCUUGGUGGACAAUAAUAUUAUUUGAUACCUUGAUUUAUGAACAAACUAUUGGUUCAAAUUACUGGUAAGUGGAGGUUUGAGAAGCUGUGAAUUGAAUUUGAGGAGCUGUAAAUUGGAUAUGACUGAAGUCAGGAGUCUACAAUAAUGAACAGGACUGUCCUUAAGGGCUGCAUGAGGACUGGUAAUUUCCCUUGGCUUCUAUAAGCAGGUCAACCUAGGCUACCUCCUCAUGCAUAUGUAAGGAAUUACUGCUCUUAGCUGUUCAAUUCCCUACCUACUAAUAAUUACCUACACCUGGCAACUUGAAAUCUUAGCUACAUCCCUGAGUAAUAGUAGACUCCUGAUACCCUUUAACCCUGCUCACAGGGUAGUUUUAAGUACUUGCAAACAUUUGCUGAAACCUUUUGUAUUUAUUUCUCACUUUUUAUAGCAUUGUAUUUAACUGAAAUGACUGCUGCUGAAUUAAGAGGCUAAUGGCAUUGCGUGUGAAAGGACGAGCGCUGGACCAGCUAGAAUAUGACAUAUUUUGGACGGAAUACAGAGCAAUUGAGGAGAGUAGACUCCCUGUGCCAGAUGAGGAUAACGAGGAAGAGUCCACAGGAGGUAUAGUGUUGUAAAUUAGAUUUUCCUUUCUGAAAGUGAUGCAAUCCUUCAAGCUUUGCUGUAGGAGGUCAAAGGGUACAGUGGCUAUCACAACAAACCAGAGAAUCGGGGGGUGGUUUUCCUGUGGCCCAGCUGUUUUCUCUCAAAUGCAUGGUCAUGUUGGCUGUAGGCCACCCAAGGCCACCCUCUUGUAUGUAUCAUGUGAAGAAAAACUAGAAAAAAGAAAGGAAAAAAUGGAAAAAAGAAAGAGGAAAUGCCCUAAUAGGAAGCAUGACACUCUGUGAGUUUGUUUGUUUACUUUGAGUGAUGCUUUUCAAAUUUAUUGUUUUUAGAUAUUACACUGCUUUACAUGUGUAUUUAAAAUUCUAAUUUAAAGAAUGUCCCUGAAAAGCUUUUGUCUCAAUCUGAGGGCUAACUCUUGCAGUUUCUGGUAUUUGUUAUGUCACAUUUUUCCUAGCCUGUCAAAGUUGUUUACUGUGAAGAAGUAUGUUCCCAUAUUUUACAUUUUCUCCAACCGUUAUAAGGGUAAAAUGACAUCAUAGUCAUCAUAGUAACCAUGUCUGUGGUUUUUAAGAUCACAGUUCAUGCACAGGCAGCUCUAUAAAUUUAACAAGCAAAUCUAAGGGCUUUUUGUAUGUUACUUGAAAGUUUUUGUUUUGUGUGAAUUCAGGUUUUAAAAUGUACAAUGUAGUUCAUCCUUAAUAACAGUGUUGUUUGAUUUGAGUCUACAUUGUGACACUUUCUGUCAGUAAUUUGACGAGCAAUGGGGGGGGGGGGGACUCCUGGGAAUUCUUGGUGGGGGUGUGCUGCCCGGUUCUCCAAAUCCUGACCCUAUUUCAGACCAAAAAAUGUCUUUUUCUGCACCCAUUCUCAGACCAGACCUCUAAAAUCCAUACCUGUUUUCAGACCUGGCCUUUGGGCAGAAAUUAUGUCAUCAUUACUUAGAUUAGAAUGCAAACAAAAAAGUUUUCUAAUGUAUUUCAAAUUCGCAUAUUUCUAUUUCUUUCUUAUUGAUUUGGAAUUGAAGCAAUAAAUUAUACGUUCAUACACUCCUUUUGUUCCCUUGAAAACCAUUCCUGAUUCCAGACCAAAAUGGGCAAAGUCUAUACCCGUUUUUAGACCAAAAGGGCCCAAAAACCAUACCCUUUGAGGCAGCACAUACCUCCAUUUCCUUUAUAAGGGAGUCCCCCUGGUUAUUACCCAACUGCAUCUAAUGAGUUAAUCCUAAAUAGCUCUCAAGACUGUAGUGCAGGUUAUCAAACAUAUUAUCAUUAAGCAAAACAACUUUACUGAGAAACAAACCCAACAGUGUGCAGCUGAAUCUCACCUGUACAGAAAGUAAACAUUUUUGGCAAUUUUCUUUCGUGGUUUUUACAUUCCUUCAUUCCCUAUCUUGGCUAAGUGCUGUGUGUUUAUAAUGCAAUACUUAGCAGAGGGUGUUUUAACCUUUCACCCUUCAGUCAAUGGUGAAAACACGUGAUGGUCAGUUCAAACUUGCUUGUUUAUCAGAGAAAUCCUUUGACUCAACUGUUAAAUUAACACCUCCUCAACCUACAUAUACUUUCACAUUCAGUACACUGUAUUCCUCAAAACAAAAUAUGAAAAUUUUGUUUCUUUUGUACUUGUCAAUGUUUAAAUUUAGUGAAUUAUUGGUACAUGUACUGGCAGGUUUACAAAUGCAACCUCUCCUCUCAUGUGUAAACAUGUUACAUAAUCAAAUAUGUUAAGGGAAUGUUUUUAUCUUAGAGAUCAAUAAAAUGACCUCAUAAUUUGACAUUUGACUCCUUAAAUACAUAAACAUUGGUAAAUUAGAGUAUUAGGUUUCAUUUAAUAUUGUUAUCAGAAUUAAUACAGGAGCUUUCACUCAAAUUGCAUCAAAACUGAAAUUUACGAUAUGUGGAGACAUUUUUGUAAUGUGAAAGUACAACAAGCCAUCCCUGCAUAGAUCUGAGCAGUUUAUCAGGCCACCAAGACUACUUUAUUCAGUUUUAUAGUGACAAAUUGAUUCAGAGCAGCUUCCUUCCGUUCGGUUUUAGAUAACUAAAUGAUAAGCCCAUACAGGAGCUUUGUUUCAGCUCAUGCAUUUUUCCGCUUUUAAAGAAGAUCACAGUGUAGUGUGAGGUGAAACUUUUAUUUAGAGGAUUGUAGACUUGAAUAGAAUCAGAAUGUAUGAUCAAGAAAUGGAUUUGUUCGGUUGAGGAUACAGGGAUGAUCAGUUAUCUCCAAGAACCUUUGGAAAGACUCACCAGGUUCAUACACCGACGAGGAUGUUAUGAUUUGCACAGAGCUGGUUUGUACAUAUAUACAUUGGUCCUGUUUACUUUCGUUAUGUCAUUAGCAGUAGAAAGACGCCCUGUCUGUAGUAGCUGUAAUUGAAAGUUGGAUAUUGACAUGAUUCUUUGGUUUUGUAAAUAGUUGUUUGAUGAAAAUAUUGUUAUUACCAGAUAAUUCAGUUAGUGCGACUUUUGGAUUGAGUUUCUUUAACACAGAUUUGAUGUUCAGUUUUGUUUCCUUCGUGCCUGCAGCAAUAGAACAGAGUUGAGAGUUAAGGAAUGAAAUAAAGACAAAUCCAAUAACAAUCUGAAGUCUCAAAUAUCAGAGCUUUAAUAUUUACCCGAUCGCGAGCCGGCAUAUAUUAUACAUACAUAUACACAGUGUACGUGUUUAUUGUGGUCAUGCCACAUGAAGCCCUGUGAUGAGGAAAUGUGGUUGAAUGUUUUUUCCUUCAUUUAAAGCAUAAUUUUUAUUUCUUGAUUUAACACUGUCAAAAUUUAAAUGCAUGGAAGUUGUUAUUGAAUUUGACUUACAGCAAGCCUUAGAAGAAAAUUUAAAACGAGUUAAAAUCUAGCUUUGAUUUGAGACCAGCAACAUGCCGUACCAUGUUACCUUGUCUGUUAUUAACACUUUACUUUCUGUCAUUGCAAAUUCUUAAAUUACAUACAAUAUUGUACAAAAAAAUAAAUAAUUGUUGGUAAAAAUAGAUAAAUAGUGAAAAGGUCACAAAGGAAGUGAUGAUACACAAACAUGUAUUUACAUGAAUUUUUCUGGACUUCCUCCACUACACCUUCCUGUCUGAUGUUAGUCCCACAAGAGGCAAAAUGCUUAAACUUGAGUUUGUGUCAGAAAUUAUACAACAUUAAUUAUUAUAUUAAACAGUUUAUUUUUUUUCCUACAGAAUGUGAGCAGGAACUUGAGUGGCUGAAGGAAGCUGGAUUUGAUACCAUUGUAAAGAAGUAUAAAGGUAAGAAUUAAAUCAUCUGCACAUGUAGAAUACGACAUUUCGGUGUUGUGCACAGCUAUAUUUUAUGGUUUGUCAUUAAACCGCCUACAAUCAACUACCUCUCGGCAAUGGCCACCAUUAUUUUAUUUUUCCGUAGCAGAUACAUCCUCUCUUGUUUUAACAUCUUACGACAGCCUUCUCCCUACUGUACAGUGGCCGUACAGUCACGUACAUGUACCUUUGUCCCCUAGAUGGUCAUCUGAUUGUGGGCAAUAUAGUGUAUGCUGUAAAUUCUACUGUGUAGAGAUUAGGGGUUAAAAAAUCUAUUUAUCUUUGGGAACUGCCUGGGAAAGGAAGGUGUCUCUACAUGUAGAUUGGAGGUAUCCAUGAGACAGGAUUGCAAAAAUGUUUAUCUCUUUAUUUCAUUGUCAAGUGAAAGUGUGUGUGCCAAGCUGUAUGUUAGAGGUGGGUAAAUAACCAGGUGGGAGUGAAUUAGUGAGGUGAGAAAUAUUAAACAGAUGGAACACAUUCAAUAAAUUGUCUGUGAACUCUGUUAGCUGUAGGUUCACAUAAAUCAUGUGCACAAGUUAUUCAUGUGCACAAACGUUAGGGAAGUAGGAAGAUGUACAGACUGAGCAAGCUUUUACCCUCCAGCAGUGUUUACAUGUAACUUUAAAAGGUCAUGAGCAGACGAUCACCUAAAAAGACAUCUUGAUUAUAGUUUAACAAUACUUCUUCAUUUAUAAGAAGAGUUCUUCCUCAAGGAAGGAGGGUCACUAAUACUACCUAAUAUAAAAUUUUUAUUAUUGUUUUUUUUUUGUGAGUGAGUAAAAUAAUAUUUUUCACUCUUUUAGAUAGCAAAGAAAUUGAUCAUAAUGAUGUGGACUUUGAGAAGAUCACAGGAUCGCUCACAAAGAAACAAGCAGAGGCUGUCAGGAAAAGAAUUGACACUUUGAAUCAAAGCACCAAGAAAAAACUUGGCUUGCAUGUACAAAUACCACCAUCAAAGCAAAGUGCAUACCCUGCUGAUGUGAGAACAAUUUUUCCAACAAAAACAAAUGGACAGCCUAGCAAUGCAGAACAGGCUCACACAACAAGACCAACGCUACUGCGAAAAUCGUACAGUGAAGGAGUUCAUGUCAAUAAACUGUCUUCAUGUGGCAAUGGUGAAGUGGAUAAAGAGUUAGGACACUCUGAGAAAAGACAUUCGAAGUCAGAUUACACGCUUUCAAAGAUGAAUCAAGAUAGAGAUUUUUCAGGGGCUUACCUACGUCCUGAAAAUGCUACAUGUCCAGAAAGAAGAUCAAGUGAUGAAAUGCGACCAAGGAGAGGUAAAGAUCUCAGGUUUCUAAUUUUUAGGGCUACCAGUUUAGGGGUGAUACAGUAAGUUAUAGUGGGGCCCCCUAAGUCAAGACCUGUAGACACAUUUUUUUGAGAGGUGCGUGGAUCAUGUUAUCAGCUAAAAAGAGUGUCUGUUGUAGGUCAGUUACUAUAUGCAUAGUUUUCAAAGCAAGUCCUUUCCAAUAGACUGGAACUAGUGGAUUUUGCAAUCAGAACAGUGAAUUCUGUUCUUAACUUGCCUGUCGGGCAAGUGAAGUUUUUUGGUGGAAUUCAAAUUACAGAAGUUCUGUAAGAUAAAUUCCCAAUAAAAUUGUGGAUUGAAAACUGUUUUUCAAGCUGAUGUGACAAAGGGAAAUAAUUAGUAUGUGUAAUCAAGAAUUAUAAAUGUAAGAAUUUGGACAAAAUGCAAGUUAAGUGAUUCCCUAAUUUCACGAGUUUACCAUCAAUUUUGAUUACCUAUUUAUAUAAUGGGUGACAAAUUAAGCUCAAAGUCAUGGGUUUUUCACAUGUUUAUUGUAUGGAUCCAGAAAUUCACAUGCUGAAAAGUUUCAGAAUUUUUUGACAAAAUACCGGCUUGUCAUUGCAGGGUUGUCAAAAGUAGCCGGCUGCUGGCGAAAAUCGCCGCCCACUUGGUUAGUAUCGGCUGGCUACUCAGCUUGGCAUUAAAUCUUUAUGGAUCGCAUUUUUUAAAUGAAAUAUCCCCGGACUGGCUGCUUACUUUGACAACUCAGCCGUCUACUUCAAAACUUUCUGACAACCCUGGACUCAUUAAUGACGGUUUUGAGCGAGGUAAAAUGACUGUAGGCCUGAUAUAUGCUAGAGCUCUACAGUUUAUGCCCUUUGGGAAAGCUUUACACCCUGUAGGCACAUUAAAAUAAUUUAUUUUCUAAACACAGGGUUCCAGCAAGCUCGACACUUACAAGGGGGAUCAGUGUUUUAUGUGACAGGGACGACAAAACAAGAACUAUUCAAUACGGCCGAAAAAAUGAAAGAAUCCAGUGUUGAUGACCUAAGCAACUGUGAUUUGAAAACAUUGAGUAUAUCGCCUCCUGACACCAGUCCUGACUCAUUUCAUGAAGUUCCUGUUGAUUGCCCUGAAGAAGUUCCUGUUGAUGUACCUGAAGGGAAGAAUCUGUGCAAGCCAUUGGAGGUAGCCACACUUUCAAAUUCUCCCUACUAUUUCUAUCGAAAAAGUAUAGGGAUAGUAAAUGAGAAUCUCCAUUUGAUAUUAGGGUUUAACGGGUUAAAACUAGUUUGAUUUAAAAUUCAUUUAAAUUUCCUAGCCUUAAUAAUUUUUCAUAGAAGACUAAAGAAAUUUUUGGUUAACCUGAAAGUCUGCAUUUUACCCACAACUUACAUGUAUACAGUGUAGCUCCACUGGAUUAAUGUUACAAACAGGGUCCCAAAAUGAUUGUUUCUUUUGAUUUGCUGUAGAAUGGUAAAGUCUCUGCUGACAGAAAGCCUUUUAGGGAACCGCAAUUUCCAAGACUUCCUGUGAGUAUUUGCCUUUAAUUGUUAAUUUUACAAUAAUAAUCACUUUAUAGACAUUCCCUGUUAGCAACUUUAAUAUGAAUCUAAAUGAAUGCCCUAUUUAUGCUCACAUUAUUAUCCCUGUCAUGCACAUGUAAAAUUUUUCACUUUUCAUCAAGGUGUUGGGCUGUUUUCUCUUAACAUUACAAAAUAUAUGUAGAAGUCGUUUUGCAUUAUUUUUCUUUACAUUUUCCUCUCUUGAACAGAAUUUUACGCUUACAAAAGAUGAAUUAGGUGUGACAGGAGUUCACGAUUUAUCUCCACAAGACAUGGAGAAGGUGCGUUCUUUGUCCCUCAUAGAACUCACAGCACUAUUCGACUCUCAUGGACUGGCACUGCACAGAAGAAAACCCGUCAGAAGAAGAGUUCGAGGUCAGUAGACAGUGGUAUAAAACGGAAAUGAUCAGCUUGCUUGCAUGUCUGCUGUUUGUUGUUUUGUGGGGGUGGAGGGGUGGGGAAAGGAGUGGGGUAGGGACUGGAAUAGUGGUGAUAAGGAUUAGAAUAGCAGUGACCUACAUGUACAGUCACUAAAAAGUCACGUCUAAUAGCUUGGGGCUAGUGAAUUGUGCUAUCGGGCUAGUGAAUUGUGUUCUUAACUUGCCCGAUGGGCAAGUGAACUAUUUUGGGGGAAUUCAAAUUACCGAAGAACUGUAAUUAAUCCUGAUGCUCAUCUCAGAUUUUUUCGGCUUUGUUGAAGUGAUUCUUGGGCUAGUAAAUGCUAGUUACAGCUUGCCCGAAGGACAAGCUGUAAAACUGAGUUUGCACCUCGAGGGAUCGUCCGGGUCUUGGAAAUCCGGGAAAGGAUUUUUCUUUGAUUUUCAAUUUCUGGGAAAUGAUUGCCCAUCCUGAGAAUGUGUAAACUUACGUGAGUGUCAAGUAAUAAAGAUGUGGAUGGAAAAAAACAGCUUCUGAAGAACAGUAGGAAAAAUAUGAUUGUGAGUCCGAAACUGAGCCCUGGAACUUCUGAUACUAAAUUUGAGGAUACCUCACUGUCUCGCUUUUUCUUACCAAUGAGAUCCUAAGUUUAACACUUCAUUCUGUAAUUAUUUUGUGUCAGAAUCUGGUAUAUUUGGAGUGCCUCUUCAAAAUCAACUGCAAGAUGACAAAGUGAGGAAUGAAAAAGCAUCAAUACCACCUUUUUAUACUGAGGUAAGAACCACAACGUGAGCCGAGGCUUAAAGUUCAGGGCGAGAGCUACCAAGAUAGCAUUAAACAAAAUGCAAGUCCUGAUAAUCCUCGUUUCCAGGGCUACAAAUUGAUAGAUUGUAGAAAGUUAAGGUGCAUUCAUCCUGCCUUUGCUUUCACUUAUAUUAGAUCAGUGGUGACUCUUAAGCCUAAGUCAUACAGAAACCUACACGCUUAUCUUGCCUCUGGUUUUUGCUACUGUUUUAAUCUGGCAGCAAACACCAGUUUUAAAAAAUAUGCUGUUCGUGUGGUCGGCGCCUAAGAAUUUGCUGCAUUCUGCAAUACACAGGAAAUGUCGUAAAAUUUCAAAGGGAAAUAAUACUAUACUAUAUUGUUAGUGAUUAUCAAAUUUGUUCCCAUCCUUUAAGUGACCCUCUUUGUCGGUUCGUGUAUCUCCAGUUUGCGGUUAUACAGCAAUAAUUAUGAGAUUACGUAGUUAACGUAGUUUUAUAUUUUAUUUCAGCUUAUCAUGUAUUUGACAGAGAAAGGUAUGUUAAUGAGACAAAGUUAAGCAAAUUUCAUGAAAGUUUCUACCUAAUUACAUGAUACUCUUUAAAGAAGACACUUUCUUGUAAAGUAUGAAAUUUAUUGCAAAAUAAAUCUAGCCGAUUUUUUUUAAAACCAACCUAACGACAUUUGCAGUCAUUUGAGGGAAAAGGCGUCAAAAGACAGGUUUCUUGAGCCCGAAGGAAAAGGAAAGGAGAAAAAGAAAGAUCGAGGAGAAGGAAAUAAGGAGAAGAAAAAAAGCAAUGGUUGCACUCUUAGUUUUUACAAUAAAACUGAACAAAAAAACUGCUGGACGCAAAAGGUUCAUUUGGCGAUAACGUUAUCAAAAAUCCGGCUAGAAAUAAGAAUAUUAAAGUUAGUUAAAUCACGUCCCAAUAAAUAUCUCAAAUUUCAAUUUUGCGUCAUCAGGAUUGAAGGAAGAAGGGAUCUUGAGAGUUCCAGGAAACGCCGGAAGAAUCAAGGUAUAAUAAAAACCCAUUUUUUUUCUUGUUUUGAAGUUUGAAAUCACGUACGAUUAAAGAAUGGUACACAGUCAAACCACGACGCCUUGCACACUGCUAUCUAUAAAGUACAGCUUUGUUCGUUUCUAUAAACCCAGACUGCUAUGAACCAAAAUAGCCCAAGGUUCAGUCCCGCACUUAAUACAUGAUCAAAAUGCUAAAAAUUUAGGGGUCAAUUUGAUAAAACUUUUACAAGUGUAGCCAUUGUUGUAGAGUCUGAAUACACUAGCUACAGUUGUAAAUUACACUUGUAAAAGUUUUAUUAAAUUGAUCCCACAGUUGCUUAUACAUCAAGCACUAUACUACGCGGAAAACGUUAAAAUUUGUUUAUCAGAACAAAUUGAUCACACAAAAUCCAUAAGUAUUAGCGAUGCCAUGGUAUAAUUUGUAGUAUUGAAAAAUCUUGGGCGACUCAAGAGUGAAGUUUAUUAUAGACCUUUCUCAUAGGUGCCGAACCUUUUAUAAGGUAUUUGCUUCCUCCAUGUAAUACAGACCGCUUUGAAAAGGGGGCACUUGACUCUACCCUGUUGCUGCCCGUACGUGUUUAAGGAGAUUUGACUUGUAUUUUUUUGGAAGUAACAGCUUAUAAUAAAACAUUUUUCAGCUCAUGAGAGAAGAAGUGGAAGAAAAGUUUAAUGAUGGGUUGUUCAUUUGGGAAGACAGGAGGCCGCAUGAUUGUGCAGCUUUACUGAAACAAUUUCUAAGGUAACGCAGACUGGCCAAUACUAUUUUUAGUGUAUUAUUUUUGCCAAGGGUGUCUUUGGCUUCUGCCCAGGAGGUAUUUAUUGUAUUUAAGAUACACACUGAUGAUACUUCGAUCAAUAAAGGCACCCAGCGACUGGUUUCUGUUAAUGUCUGUAAAGAAAAUAAUGCCUAGGAAAUUAUAAACCUCUAAGCCAGGAAAGCUGAAAAUUUCUAAAUAACUGUUCCGUUCACGGGAGAACUUCGGCGUAUUUCAGCUAACUUUCCCACGAUGUUUUUUCAUUUCACCCCUUUUAGCAUAUUAUUUUUCGUAAGAAAAGGCUCCAAAAAUUUUCAGUCACGUAAAUAGUGAUGGAAAAGGGUAUAAGAAAGUCUCACGUUUUCGUACGUCUUAGAUUUCCGGGAAAAAACGACUGAGAGGCCGACUGAUAAAACUCAAAAGGCUCAAUUUGCCCAAAGAUGACCGGAAGAAAACAAAUCUUUAACGCCGUCUGUAAUGCAUUGAAGAGUUUUAAAAUCACUCUAGGUAGCCUUAAACAGCUUUUUGAAAUGUGCUUUUGGUGAAAUUAGUUGUUGGGUGUCCCUAAUUAAUGCCAGACAUUAAAAUUUUAUAGCCGUUUUCUUCGGUAAGAUUUAAGAUAAUUGGAAUGCGAGGGUGAUUUAAAAGGCCAUUUAAGUCGUUGCUGUAUUCAAAAGUAAUUGUGUUGGUGUACUUAUAGUUUUUUGUUUUUCUAUAGGGAACUUCCUUUUCCUCUGUUAACGCAUGAAUACCAACCAACCUUCGCGUCUGUCGAAAGUGAGUGCGUUGUUACUGAUUGAAAUGCGAAUAUAAAGCCAUGAUACAUUAUAUAACAAACUUUAUACUACUACAUUAGAAAUUUCUGCAUGAGCAGUGGUAUUUCAAUAAUUUGAAAACUGAGGAAAAUUACAAAGUAUAAACAAAUAAUAGCAUGUAGCUUGAUAUUUAACAUGAGUUUGACGGCUAGGAGUCUAACAAUUUUGAAAUAUCUCAUGAUUCGCCAGUUAUCAUGCUAUUACCUAUACGAGCUUAAAAACGCAGUAGCUUGGCUUUAACAUGAGUUUGUAGGAGUCUGUCUAUCUCAUGAUCUCGCCAGUUAUCAAAAUGUCUUCCUUACAAGUGGCGGUACUACUGGCAGUUUUUAAAUCAUUUAGACCUGAUUCUUUAACACUUCUUGUUAUAUUCAAUAACUUACUUGUCUAGAAAAACGUUGCAAAUGAGUGGGAGACAACAAUCAAUUUCAAACUGAUUGUUUGCUCUUUUACAUUGUGAGUAGUCGAAAAAUAAGCCUUCCUCCCCAACCAAAGAAAUUUUAAGUCUUUUUCUUACCUGAUGAGCGGUCGAGUUCUAGUUUAUUGUUUUAAUUCUUGUUUCUCUUGAUCAAGGUAUUCCCGACAGGAAGCAGCAGCUUCAGGCUUUAAAUCUUUUAAUUCUGUUGUUGCCGCCAAUUCAUAGAGACUGCUUGAAGGUAACUAAAGAUGAUCACUUGUAAAACACCCAGUAACAUGCACGGAGUUACUCUGUUUUAAUUUGUUGUUUUAUAAAAUGUUUGCUAAAUUUGGAUCUAUGACCAUAAUUUUCUUGAGAAAAAGGUAUAAUUUAUAUUUCAAAAAAACGCAGUUUUCUCUGCAGAAGAGGAGAGGACGUGUUAUGUAACCUGUUUGCUGAUUGAUUCAUGACUGUCUCUGCCGGGCUGAUGUGGCUCUGUGCAUGCACAAAAUAAAUAAUGACCAUACCUGGGAAUGCCUCGGUAAUAGCGUAUUAAUUUUUGAAGUUUCUUAUCAUUUUUAGUCCCAUAAUGAAUGAUGGAGUCUUGCAAGGUCAUCCUAAAUUUUGAUUUAGUGGACAAAACCCCAUGGUGUGACCAUUUAAGUGAAAGGUCUUUGGUAGUACGUCCAUAUUAGGGCCAUUCGUACGCGGAAAAAUAAGACGCGUCUUACGCAAACUGUCCCGUAUAAGUGGCACAUUGUACUAUUCGUUUUCAAGCAUUUUGCCAAAAAAAAAAAUCUAAAAAAUGAAAUUGUAUUGGGAGAGAAAAAGUUAACUAUACAAACUUUAGUAAAAUCUUUGGGACUCUUUACACAUUCGACCAUCGUUUUUUCAUAGAUUCUUGUUCACUUCUUGAGUCGAGUGGUCGCUCAUGAAAAACACAACAAGAUGGGACUUAACAGCGUGGCUAUGAUCAUGGCACCUAAUAUGUUCUUGUGCACGAACAAAUCACAGCCGACAUUACAAGAAAUUAAACAUGCGCAGGGCACCGUAAACAUUGUGAGAAUGUUAAUCAAGUAUCAAGCUAUUCUGUGGACGGUGAGUAGAGCUACGGCAAAGCAAGCAACAAAAACGUGCAACUUGUUUUUCAAACUCAAUGAAAAAGAGUUGAAAAAGCAAUGUUGCACGUUUUAACUAACAAACCAGGUGGUUGUAAGUUGCGUUGUAUACUGACUUCUGAUUGGAUAAAAUUACGCGGGAGUCACGCCUAACACGGAAUUUACGUCACUUAUUGCAAAAUAAGUUUCCCUGUGCCGGUAAAACGCGCAAAAUGAACAGAUUUUGUGGCUAAAAGUUGAGCUGCUCUCCACUUUCUGCAACAACUUUUCGCAACCAGCCACACACCACGCGCUCAGUGCGGAAGAACUCAUCUCCCUUUAGGUAAUUCCUUUAGCCAGAACGUUUAAGGCUGUCCUUAGUAAAUACGUCUUGCUCUAGAAACCUGUCUUACACUCAAAUAACACUCGUUAAAUGAUAACAGAAACUCGUGAGUUUCUGAUCAGGCCUGUCACUAAGAUUUCAAGUUGCCGGGUGUGCUACAGUAAAAACCCGCGACUAAAAACCUAGUUUUUAAGAACCUGUUAGGCUAAAAUUUGCCAGUUAGGCCCCCUCCCUACAAGAACCUGUUUAGCCUAAAAUCUGAAACAAGUUCUUAUUUUCUAAAAUCUAUAAAAAAAAAAAUUGUACACUUGGCAAAUAAAAUAAGCCACAUUCAGGAUCCUCUUUGGUGACAUAGGUCCCUUAUAAUAUUAUACCAACUGCAAUUGUAAUGAUAUGUAGGUUUUACCUAAGGAAUGAGCUGAAUACCACGAAACACUCUUAGCUACAGUGUAAGAACAAAGUAAGACCCUUUUCAAGAACCUAGCCUAAAUUUGUUCUAAUUACCAUUUAUGUAAGAACUUGUUUAGGCUGACUUGGGAAAAUGAAGGUUCUUAGUCGCGGCUUUUUACUGCAUUAUAUGCAAAUAGUAGGCGGAAAAUUGAACAGCUGGGAAGGUCUUUGUGCUCUAUUUUCCUUAUGCUUCCUCUCAAAGUUGCCGGAUGUCCUGCUUGUAAUAGGACGCAGGGGAAGUCUCCGGCCCCAUGCUCCCCUCAGUGACAGCCCUGCUGAUGAUCCCUGUAUUUUUAGCGCUAUCUCUUGUUGCUAAGUAACUGUUGUUGUAAGGAUUCGGAAACCCGUAGUUAUAGGCCCUUUACAGUUAGUUAUUCGCGUGGUAUAAAACCGUUAUACUGUAGUGCAAGAGGAGCACUAAGAGAAGACAAACAGUGGAAAUUACCAUUUUAACCCUUUAAACCUAAGAUCAAAAUUUGAUUUCUCAUUUGUUGCCCCUAUUCAUUUACUUCAGAAGUAGUGGGGAGAAGUUGAUAAAAGAUCAAGCAAAUACAUCCUGUGUGAUCAUGUCCUUAAUUCUCAUGACCACUCUGUUUUACAAAGCAUUGAUAUUACAAGGAGAAAUUUGAUGCUGAUCACUCUCAGGGUUUAAAGGGUUAAGUAAUGUGAGCCCUUUGUUUCAUCUGUCCCAGUUCGUCAUUUACUCUCCAGCGUAAUGCGUAUUUUAUACCACGUGAAUGACGACUAGCUGAAAAGGGCCCGUAGACAUAGAUUGAAGAUUUGAUAUUCUACCUAGAGACAUAGAUUGUUACUUAAAUUAUGUUGGUUGUUUUGCACAGAUUCCUGGAUUUAUGGUGAUGCAGGUUCGUUAUUUAUAUGAAGCAGAGGGAAACAAGAAAGCUAAAGAUGCUAAAGCCGUAAGUUUUUAUACUCUCAAGGCGUAAAUUGACUGGCAGUGUUAGUGCAACAUUGCAGAAUAGCUUGCAUAGUUUGGCUUUAACGGUUUGACUUGUAUGAUCAGCAUAAAACUGAAAACUGAAAAACUAGUGACUAAAAGGAGCUUUGUCACGAAAUUUAUCAGUAAGUGAGUAGUCAUAGGCUCAAAACAUCAAAAAAGGUAUAAAUAACUCAGCAAAUAGAAAAGAAGGCAAGGAUGGACAAACUUGAAGAAGAUUAAAACGGAUUGCAAUUGCCGUUUUUGAAAACUUGUUAGCUUAACUGUUUUUCAAAUUUCAUACUUGUUGUUUGUGACAUUUGAUAUAAUGCUCUGGGCCAAGUUGUUCAAAGCUGGGUUAAGAUAACCCAGGGUUUGUGCGAGAUUUAAGUUCAGAUAUGAAAGCUCAAGAAUAAUUUCAGUUUUAAUUCUUUUUGUCUACAAGUUGAUUAUUGGAAGCUUUAAAAAUAACAGAGAAAAUUAUCCGAGAAAAUGCUUUUGAACACAAUAAAAUGAAACCCGGGUUAAAUUUAAUCCCGGGUUAAGCGCUAAUCAGCCUUCAAACAACUGGGCCCUGGGAGAGAUGUUUGCUUGAUACGAAGUUGUGAUUUUGUCUUUUACAAGUAAAUGUUUUGCAUUAUGCUAAGUUCCUUAGCAAAUAAAGACGCGUUAUAGGCAUGUUAACCCAAUGAACUGGACAGUUGUUGCCAGCCCCUUUAAAAGACCAUAAAACUCUUAUCAUGCUUUGGCUUGCUGUGCGUGUUCUUCCCUCUAAAAAGUUGUGUUUGCACGUAAUUUGUUCAAGGUGGAACGAAAUUAUUUCAACCGUGAUCUCCCGGCUGUUUUACUGUAGGUGAGGAAGUUGCUUGCAAAACGUGCUCGAGGUGAUGGACCUGGAAGCUCUCCACAGAAGAAAAAUUCUACAGGGGAAGGCUCCAUGACUAUGAUUGAUGUAAGUUAUUUUCAGUGAACGCAUUUUAAAUGUUUCCACUGUUUCUGUAUUCAUCAUAUGAUGAUAACCCCUCCGUUCUAUCGCGACUUCCGGGAGGAUUAUGUUUCAUCGCACAAGUCUGGGAAAAAAGUCUUCAUGAGACUUUGCGUCAAGAAAAGAACUCGUUACAGAUCGCAUGCUGAAGAUUUAACAUUUCACAUUAUUCAUUUUAUCAUUCAAAUGGCCUAUUGAUACUUAAAAAUUGUGUUUUUUUUAAGGCACAAUGAAGCAGAUCCAUGGUUAUUUUAACGUUCCAAAUGUUUUGUUAGGAGUUGAAAUGCAGCCAAUUUAAUAAAACGUUUACGAGUCUUAUUUACAAGUGUGGCUAUUGUUUUCAGAUCCUAAAGCAACAGCUACACUUGCAAAUUAGUAAUGGUAACAGGACUGAGUGGAGUCCAGUUCGGUCUGUAAUCAUACGAGUGAUUAACAAAAUGCGGGAGUCCGAUUUGUUUAAUCACGAGUAUGAUUACAGACCGAAUUGGACCACACGAAGUUCUGUUACCAAUUAAUCAUAACUGUAACAAAAUUUGUGAUAUAAUAGGCUAUUUUUUAAAUCAAAACACAAGAAAUUCGAAAUUUUGUUCGGCCUUGAAGGAUUUCUUCCAAAGCUUGAUUGGUAUUAGUGAAGUAAUGUUUAAUUGACAAAUUUCGUUUCCAUUUUAGGCUGAUUAUGAAAACAAUAUCAUACGGGUGAAAGCACCGAUGCUGAACAAGAUAUUGAUGGCAAUUCAACUCACCGAGAGUAUGCGCGCUGGGGACAUUGUCUCCAAGUUUCGAAGACGCCCGUCUCCUUCCGAAGGCCCAAGCAACAUUGGGAAUCUUUGCAAAUCUCAAACGAGUGACUCUUACAAGAACUGCCUCAACCCUCACAAUAACAAUAAGUUCGCUUCAGACAAUUACUAUCUCUACGAAGUUGGCGGUAACAUAGGUGAGAACAUAUAAAAAAUUUUUGUUAGUUAAGUUGAGGAAAAAGGAAAAAAUGCAGUGUUACCAAGAUUUAGUACCAAUUGAUUGCCCAGCAGAGAAGAAUUUGUGUCAAAGGAAUGGGUUACAGUCUUCUGAGAGAGUAGCUUGAAUUUCAGCCGUUUCUUUGUUUUUUUCCGUUACUUGUGCGACUCGAGGUGACAGCUGAAAUUCCUGCUACUUUGUGACUGAAUUGGUCUCUUUCCUUUUGUUCCGGGGCCAUUCCAGUGUAGUUUACUCAAAAGACCCGGAAAAUUCUCAUGAUACGGGCUUUCAAUAGAGCGAGCCAACCAGCAGUCAUUGGUUCGCAGGAUUAGCGCGGUUUUCUUUUGAUUUGUUUCCCUGGCAAAUCACGUUAAACGCAGAAUAUUCACAUAAACCAAUCAGGUGUCGACGCAAAUACAUGCAGCUCCAAGCGCGGGAAAACACGCGCCUGCAAGCGAUAAUUGAGUAAGAAAGGGGCGCAAAUUUUUCCCGCCAAUCGCAAAAGCAGGGCAAUGGCGGUAUUUAAUACUUCUAACACCAAUAAAUACUCCUCAGUCUUUUGAGAUUUAUCCAGUCCUGCUCACUGUAGAUAAUGAAAGUUUCGGAAGAAAGGAUCUAAGGAAUAAUAUGACGAUUUUAUUUUAUUCACUUUGUUCUACCCAGGUGAACGAUGUCUUGAUCAUGACACAAACAUGAUGGCUUUGUACAAAGUCAACCCACAUGCUGAGUGGAUAGUCCAGCCACGUGGUCACUGACACCACUUCUAAAACAGGCGGGAAAGCAAGAACGUGACUGCUUCAUGUCGCCUGUGUAUUAUGAAGUGGACAGGUUAUUGGUAGUAACUUUGCCAGAGGCGAUGUAACAAGGUUACCUAGUUUACAUUAAACGUGAUUGUAAGUCAAAUACUCUCGACGUCGAUGAAUUUUAGUUCUAGAACUCACAAUUUCAAACUUUUUUUGUAUAAGAAACAUACAUUCUUGUUGGAAAACGAAAAUUUUUUUGGAACUGAAACUUCUUUUUUACUUGCUAAACUUGUUUUUUACAGUUUAUGCAGAGCUUUACUAUCAGAUCACUCUGAUUCAGAGGUCAUGCUCUCACAAUUUUGACCUGUUUAAAUUUAUCAACGUUAUCUUAGGGUUGUUUUGAGUACGUCACGCAAUCUAUCGAUACCACGUUACAUGGUGUGGGUGACAGAUUUCCUUGAAGCUCAAGAUCCCUACAGAUCCUUUUGUCUUAGGGGAACUGAUAUUUACACAUCCUAAGUCACGUCAAAAAAAUACUUAACCCAAAAAACGUGAAACAAAGGCUUAACGGGGAAAAGAAAUAUAAUUCAAAGAAUGUCCCAGCCUUUUAAUGGAAAGGGUUUGUAGGUAUGUUAAACACUAGUCUGAAAUGUCAGCCAUCUCUUCGCGCCACUUCCCAACGGGCGGCCAGACGAGACAACACACGAUAGGUCGGUCUUUUUUUGGCUCGUUUUGGUUAUGGAUGAUUGCACUUUGUAAUCACAUUGGAGCCUCAAAGCUUUGAGAAACCUCCCUAUUUUCAUAGGCCUUUGAAAAGACAUCUGCUAGUGACAUUGUUCGGGUCAUUCAUUCAUUCUAAUCACAAGUUUAUUAAUUUAUUGCAAAGUCAAGAGGUCAGUGCUAAUAAUUUAUGUCCAAAUGAAACAAGGUAUUGUUUUGGUUAUCCAGUCUGUAAUUUAAUACAAAGUAGGUUGAAUUAUUUAAACAUUAUGGAUUGAAAUGAACCCAAUGAAAAGUUUAAUAGAUGUAAUAUAUAAAGAAAACUUUGCACUUUCUGUUCAGGUGAAACUCACUUGUUCCCUCGUGUGAACAUUCGAACUUUCACCUCAGGAGAGAACAGAAAAAUGUCAUGGAAACGGUCACACUAGGUUUCACUUACACAGUCCAUUGUACCUGAAACCAACUCGUACAGCUUAAACAUGGCGACAUCAUGAAAAGUAUGGCUAAGUAGCUUUCACUCGAUUGGUUAUAGUUUUAUUACACAAAUUCCGUUCGAAAUAUAUGAGAAAACACCUCUUUAUAUUACACUGGGCUACGACCCACUGUUUAACGCUAUACAAGAAAAGAGUAUACCCCCAGGGUGAAGAAAGACACCACAUGUGACGUAAUUACACAACUCUCUACGGCCUUAUAUCAUGCUGUUGUCAUGUGAUAGCUUUCACUCGAUUGGUUAUAAUUUUAUACCGUAAACUGCCGUUUUGAAGCCCUACCCCUUUCCCCCCCAAACUCCUA